AUGGAGCCGCGGGGCUGGCUGCCUCUGCUCCUGCGGUUGGGCCUGAUGUGGCCCCUGGGAGCUCCUUCCGAGCCCCGACUGAGGGUAUUCGUGGUUCCGCACAGCCACAUGGACGUGGGCUGGCUGCACACCGUACAGGAGAGCAUGCAGGCUUAUGUCACCAACGUCUACAACACCGUGGUGGAGGAGCUGACCCUUGAGAAGAAGCGCAGGUUCAUCGCUGUGGAGCAGGAGUAUUUCCGGCUCUGGUGGGAUGGCGUCGCCUCGGAUGAGCAGAAAGGCCAGGUCCACCAGCUCGUGGCCGAAGGUCGCCUGGAGUUUGUCCUCGGAGGCCAGGUCAUGCAUGAUGAGGCCGUGACCCACUUUGAUGACCAGAUCCUCCAGCUCACAGAAGGACACGGGUUUCUCUAUGAAACAUUUGGGGUCCGGCCACAGUUCUCCUGGCAGGUGGACCCAUUUGGUGCAUCUGCCACGACCCCCACCCUCUUUGCCCUGGCGGGCUUCAAUGCCCACGUCAUCUCCAGGAUCGACUACGACCUGAAGGAGGCCAUGCAGAAAAACCAGGAUCUACAGUUCGUGUGGCGGGGGUCCAGAUCCCUGUCGGCGCAGCAAGAAAUCUUCACACACGUCCUGGACCAGUUUGGCUACUGCUCUGAGGGAUUUAACUGGGAUGGCGAAGUCAUCUUCCCAGGUACACCCCUGAAUGGCUUGUACCCCCAAAUACAAAUCCCUGUCACUGAGGACAGCAUCCCAAACUUUACCAGUCUCCUGUUGAACAAUGUGUUGACUCGAGCCUCCUGGUUCCGGACACCACACGUCCUCUGGCCCUGGGGAUGUGACAGGGAGUUCCUCAAUGCCUCGCUGCAAUUCGCCAACAUGGACAUUAUAAUGGAAUACAUCAAUAACAACACAUCAGAGUUCAGUUUCUCAAUGGAGUACGCCACGCUAGGCGACUACUUCCGGGCUGUGCACUCUGACCAAGUCGCCUGGCAGGUCCGAGACCACCACGACUUCCUGCCCUAUUCCUCGGACAUGCAUCAUGCUUGGACUGGAUUCUACGCCUCCCGAAGUGGGCUCAAGGUGCUGGCGAGGCAAGCCAGCGCUCUGCUGUAUGCUGGGGAGUCCAUGUUCACACGCCAUGUGCUGUUGGCUCCGCAUCCAUACCUGGACCCGGCCUGGGGCCUGCAGCAGCUCCAGCAGCUCCGCUGGGCGGUCUCCGAGGUCCAGCACCACGACGCCAUCACCGGGACUCAUGUCCCAACUGUGGGUGACAUGUUUGUGGAGCACCUGAGCACUGGGAUGCAAGGGGUGCACAUGCUGAUGGCCUCCAUCAUCCAGGACAGGUCUCCAGCCCACUCAGGUAAGCAAGAGCCUGGGGGACGCCUUGCAGUGGUCUACAACCCACUGGCCUGGACAAUCACCACCAUCAUCACCCUGACUGUGGACUUCCCCAGUGUCAGAGUCACAGAUGAGUCAGGCCGCCCCGUGCCUACACAGGUCCAGCGCUCGAAGGAGUUGCCCUCUGCCUAUGACCUGCACGUGCUGACCACGAUCCCAGGACUCAGUUACCGGCAAUACAGCAUCCGGCCCAGAAGAAGUUCCCAGGAGGACACUGGGGAGCCUGAGCCCUUUGUGGCCAAAACCACGCAGUUUGGAGGCAGACUCAGGAGACGUGGCGGGCAGGUGGGCCAGAGCCUGGUAGCUGUGGUGAACGACUGCUACAUCAUCUUCCUGGACCUGGACACCAACCUGAUGCACAGCAUCUGGGAGAGGCAGAGUAACCGAAAGGUAUACAUGACCCAGCAGUUCAUGGAGUAUCACGCAAACAGUGACGUCUGGAAACUCCCCGUUUCAGACAAUUAUGUGUUUACACCCAAUGGUAAAGCAAAGCCCGCGUGGGAGGCUGUGAGUAUGGAGAUCGUGGCAGGGCCGCUGGUGACUGAGGUCCGGCAGGACUUCUACAGGGAGCUGAACGACAGUGAGGCCACAUUUGCCAUCUACUCCCGGCUGGCCCACAGGCCCCAGAGCUCUGAUGGGGAGCUGCUCUGCCAUCGCAUAGAGCAGGAGUACCGGGUGGGCCCCUUGGAGCUGAGCCGAGAGGCCAUCCUGAGGACAAGCACCAACCUGAACACGGGACGGGUCCUCUACUCGGACAACAAUGGCUACCAGAUGCAGCGCAGGCCCUACAGAAAAUACAAGAACAACACCAACGCUCGGAAUUACUACCCCAUGGUGCAGUCAGCCUUCAUCCAGGACAGACGAAGCAGGCUGGUGCUGCUGUCCAAGCAGGCGCACGGCGUCUCCAGCCAAGGGAACGGGCAGGUGGAGGUCAUGCUCCACCGGCGGCUGGUGAACAAUGAUCCAGCAAACAUCAUUGCUGACCUCACACUGAACGACACCUCAGUCGUCCACCCGGUGCUCUGGCUUCUGCUGGGACCCAAGAACCUCACCAGUGGCCUGCGCCAGAGGAGUGGGCUGGCGCUGCAGCACCGGCCCAUCGUGAUGCUCAGAGAGAUGAGUGGUAAACGUGCUCCUCAUGGCUCAGGCCCCAGGAAGCAAGAGGCAGUGACGCUUCCCCCAAGCGUCCACCUGCAGAUCCUCAGCAUCCCCGGCUGGAAGUACAGCUCAAACCACACAGAGCACCUACGGACUCUCCAGAAAGACCGAAACCGCGAGGCCAAGGCAGACCUGCGCCGGGUCCUGCUGCGGCUCCAGCACCUGUAUGAGGUGGACCAGGACCCCGUGCUGUCUCAGCCUGUGACGCUGAACCUGCAGUCUGUGCUGCGGGGACUGGGCUCCGUGGUGUCCGUGGAGGAGCGCUCGCUCACAGGGACCUGGGAUGUGAGCGAGAUGCAUCGCUGGACCUGGAGCACGCGGUACCCUCCCCGCCACAGAGGCAGCUCCAGUCAUCCAUCGCCACCUCCAGGAGGCCCCGAGGUCACCAUCUACCCGAAGGAGAUCCGCACGUUCUUCAUUCACUUUCAAGAGCAGUGA